AUGUUUAAAUCAAGCUUCACCACGGGGAGUCUAGCUCGGCAUGCCAUCACAUCCUUCAGGUGGUCGCAGAUACGCCCCCUGUCUUCACUCGAGAGCAAUCCUCACAUUUAUGUCUUUCCCAGUAAAACCAAUGGCGAUUCAAAUAUACUUUCUCUUCUAUCGACCGAGCCUGUUAAUACAGAUCUCGCCAUUGGAGUCACCAACAAGCUACCACCUACCCUGGAUUCAGUGAGAGAGAAUCCUAAAUUCCUCAGCAUUCUUCAUGAGGUCUUCGCCAAGCACGCCCACGAAGAUCCGGAGGCACAGUCUCAAGCACAAGUCAUGAUAUCCCAAUCCGGUGCAAAUCUCUACAGUGGUGGCGUUCUCGUGUCCAGCAAACGAUCUACCAGAAAGCAUGUCGAGGCUGAGGAUUCCAGUGGGGGAGCAAGCGGCCAAGGUGGUGCCGGUGGUGGUGGACAUGGUGGUUGGAUCCAUCUCUCUGAUAGGAGGCGAGCUCCUGAAUUCGGCAGAACUGCAUGGCCAGAGGAUAUUUUCGGCAGUCUCGAAGUUGAUGGGAAUGGUCAAUUUGUUGGUGGAAAUGGCAAAUAUCAAGCAAGCGGCACAUACCGAUUGGUCACUCGCGACGGCAUUCUGGGCUUGACACCCUUCAUGCGAGAGAAGCUCGUGCAACGUCUGCGGGAAUUAGACCAGCAGUGA